AGUUGAAUUAAUUUGAGAAAUUGUUGUACGCAGCGGAGUAUAUUUUUAAAAUAAAGGAUAAUGUUCGAAAUACGUAAAAACAAAAUACUCCGAAGACAAUUAAAUAAUAUGAGGAUUAAAAGUAAACCUAUUCAAAAAUCAACAAGUAUCGCUGAUUAUUUAUGUGAAUUUUCGUCAAUCACCACUUUGCAUGGGAUAGUUUAUUUAGGAGAACCUAAAAGACCAUUCUUUGAGAGAAUUCUAUGGUUCAGUAUUAUGUCUUUGGUACUGUACUUCUGCGGAGCAGAAAUAAUCGUUUUAUUUAAUAAUUGGAAGAGUAACAAUAUGGUUUUAACGUUAGAAGAUCUUAAGUAUAAUGUUUGGGACAUUCCGUUUCCAGCUAUUACAUUUUGUAGUGAUAUUCAGCUACAAAAUCUUGAUUAUAAACUUAUUAUGGAUGAAGUUUCUAAGAGUGAGUUCAAAGAUUCAAUGAACACGAUAUGUAACGACUAUUAUAGUGUAAAUAAAAAUAUAUCGUUAAAAUCUAUAAAACCAAAACAUUGGAAAAAAAUUCUUCAAAAAUUUGCUGUGACAUGUGAUCAGCGAAUAAUUACUAUGUACUGGCUAGGCGAUGAAAUACAAUCCAGCUGUCAAUAUUUUCAACCAAUUUUUACACAAUAUGGUCUUUGUUACUCGCUUAAUAUGAUUCCUUUUCAGUUGCUAUUUCAUUCUAAAUAUUAUGAAACAUUAUCGUUUCCAAACCACACUUUAGCUGACAUUAUUACAAAGAAAAAAGAAACUUCCUGGUCACCUGAUAAAGGCUUCAGUAAAAAUGCAAUACCGUUCGAUACUCCUUGGAGAGUUACAGGGGAUACUAACAACGAUGCAGUAAGAUUGGUUUUCAAUUUGAGAAAUAUUGAAGGUGACAAUUAUUGUCCUCAUACUAUGUCUGGUGUUAUGCUAAUCCUCCAUAAACCUUCAGAUACACCUAUUGGUUACCAACCGUCGGCGUAUUUUAUUAAUGAUCGCUUGCUUUCAGUAUCACUGACAGUGUAUUACAAACCUACAUCUCAAGCAGUUUCUAAAUGGUCACCCGAAACUCGAAAUUGUUACUUUGAAAACGAAAGAAGUUUAAAAUAUUUUAAGAUAUAUACAGCUCAUAAUUGUGAAAUUGAAUGCCGAGCUAAUGCAACUUUGAGGAGAUGUGGUUGUGCUGCAUUUUAUCAGCCAAGAGAUCCCGAAGUCCCUAUAUGUGGCAGUCAGAAUUAUCGAUGCUAUAAAUCAUCUUUCAAUAGUGAUUUUUCAAUAUUUCAAGAAGAUUUAAGAGUACCAAAUUCCAGUGAUAAAGAUUGUGGAUGUUUACCGGAUUGUUCAUCAUAUAGUUACGAUUACAAUGUUGUCAAAUUAUUUAGAAAUUGGAGUACUAGUUUCACAAAUGUUGAUCAUUUUCCAAAAGUAGCUGUUGCUAAUUUAUAUUAUAAACGAAAAUCGAUUUCGGUUACUCAGAGAAAUGCUUUACUACCAUUUAAUGAGUUGCUCGGUAAUAUUGGAGGACUACUCGGAUUAUUUUUAGGAUGCAGUUUAAUAAGUUUUUUUGAAAUUAUAUAUUUUUUUUUAAUAAGAUUAUACUUUGAUAAACGCAAACUUAAAAAGGACAUUGAAAGUAUAAAUGUUUCACAUGUUUCAUUAAAAUAGCACAGUGUGUUUUUAAAGUAUAUACGUAGUAAGAUUUAAAGAGAUAUGUUAUUAGAUUUAGUAAAAUUAGUUCCAUACAUAGCAAGUAUAAACAUUUAUUAUAGAAUAUCUCGAUUAAUUA